AUAAUAAUAUCGCGUCAUGCUGCAACGAAAAAACCGUGAUUACGAUUAACAUUGUUAUUAUUAUUUAUAAUAUUAUUGUGUUAACACGUACGGGCGCGCUCGACGACCGAUAGGUACCAUGGAUAAAUAUCGUUGUUGAUAUUUACUGUCGUUUUCGUCAUUUCCGUAUCCGAGUUCGGCUGUAGUCUGUUAUUUUUUUUUCUACGUCGGAAUAUCGUGCUCGUCGUCGAACCGUGUCGUCGUGUUCCGUUCGAAUCGCAUCAUAUCCGUACGUCCGUUCCCGUCGACCAUGUGAUCUCCGCGAAUUCUUCGCACAUCGUUUAGCCAUUCCAUGUAGAAUGUCGUCGUCGCAUGAUCAUAGACCUUCAAUUAACAAUGUUUUGGAUUUGUUGGCUCAACAGUUUGUGGUGAUUUCUGGUGGUAAAACUAGAGAGGGUUAUUCUAUAAUAACUUUUCCUGAUAUAGGAAAUUUUGUUGAUUUGUCUGAAGAAGGCUUUGAAAAAUUAAUAUCUUAUACUACUUCAGUACCUUCAUUACAGGAAGCUGAUUUAGGUUUUGUAAUUAUUGUUGAUAGACGCAAUGACAAAUGGAGUUCAGUUCGAUGUGUUCUCUUACGUUUAGCAGAAUUCUUUCCUGGACUUUUACAUGUAGUUUAUGUGAUAAGGCCAAAUAGUUUUUUUCAAAAGGCUAUAUCAGAAGUAAGCAAUAAGUUUUUUAAAGAAGACUUCAAAUUCAAAGUUGUUGUAUGCAGUAUUAUUGAGGAAUUACAUGAAUAUAUAGAUAAUUCUGAACUUACUGUAGAGCUUAGUGGUACUUUACCUUAUUUUCAUCAGCACUGGAUACAGCAAAGAAUGGCUUUAGAAAAUUUUUCAAAUGAAACUAAUGAAGUUUCUUCAAUGUUAAAUGAAUUUACGGAGCGUCUCACAAAUGAUACAUUAGAUUUGCCAGACACUAAAGAACAGUCAGCUGAUUUGUUAUGUCGUCAUGCAGUUGAAUAUGGAAGAUUGAAAAAAUGUAUUGCUGAAGCUGUUAAAAAAGGUGAAUCAUUGUUGGGUGAUUUUAAGCAAGACACUGAUACUUACCAUGGUUCUAUACCCUCAACAGUUACCAAUGUUGCUGCGUUAGAGAGAUUAUUAGUGCAAAUGGAAGAAACAGAAAAAGUGUUUGAUGAUUUUUGGGAACAAUUCUCUGGGAGACUUAAACAAUGUCAUUCAUUACGGGCAUUUGAAGAAAGUUUUAAUAUUGUCCAAAGUUCAUUAAAUGAACACUUAAAAAUUCUAUCAGAAAUGACUGAUGUUGGAGAUUCUGUUGAUCGAGUAGAAUCAUUACUUGAAGAGUUUACUGCUUUUCAGAAAUCAAGUUACGAAAAAAUAAAAUUAAGUGAAGAUUUGCUACAUUGUGGUGGACAAUUAUUAGCUUCUAAACGAUUUAUUGUUUUGGAAAGUAUUCAACCAAAGUGUGAUGAAGUUCAACGUCUUAUUCAAACAUUGAAUGAUCGUUUAGAAAAACGUUUACAGACCUUAAAUAAAAGUUGUGAACUGCAAGCUAGGAUUCAAAAAGCAAGUGAAUGGUGUGCGAAAGGGGUCAUGCUAUUGGGAUCAGAACCACCUGACAAAUGCAUUAGUGCUGAACAGUCUCUUGCAGAAUUAGAAGAGUUUAUGAGUAGUGCUCAUCAUUUAAAAGUAGAAAGCCCAAGAGAAUUUUAUUCAUUGUUUGAAGAUACUAUAACACCUGAAACUAAACCUAUUGUCACCCAAGUGCUUCAAAGACUAGAUGAUGUAACUACUAUGUGCGAUAAACGUUUGGCAAGUCUUAAACGUUUGAUUAAUAAACCACGACCUAUUUUGUCUGUUAAUCCUGAACCUGCUAUUCCUAUCCAUUUAACUAACAUGAUCAAGAUUUCAAAUGAUGUUGAAUGUGAUUCAGGUAUUCAAAAUGAAGAGAGUAAUGUUACAAAAACAAAGCAUGUUCUCAGUGAACUUUUAUGUACUGAACGACAAUAUACUACAGAGUUGGGUUCUAUACUUAGAGGAUACAAAGAUCAAAUGGAAGUACCUGAUAUGAAAAACUUAAUACCUACAGGAUUAAAGGGUAAAAGUGAAGUUCUUUUUGGAAACCUUGAAAGCAUUCAUAGCUUCCAUAAUCAAUUUUUUUUACCUGCUCUUGAAAGUUGUUCAUCUAGUACUGAAUCUGUUGCUGUUUGUUUUACUGACAAUAGGGAAAAAUUGCUACAGCUUUACACAUAUUAUUGUGUGAAUUUAACAAGGUCUGAAGAAAUAAGAGAAGUAGUGGGUGAGGAUAAUGCUUUUUUUAAAUUAUGUCAAGAAAAGCUUGGACACCGUUUACCUCUUGGUGCAUAUUUACUUUUACCAAUGCAGAGAAUCACUAAAUAUCAACUUCUAUUGAAAGAACUGUUACAUAGUGAAAAAAAUCAAAACUGUAUUACUAAGUUGCAAAAAGCUCUUGAUUGUAUGUUGCUAGUUCUUAAUAAUGUAAAUGACAAUAUGCAUCAAAUAGGCAUUACUGGAUUUUAUGGGGAUUGGAAUGAUUUAGGUGGUUUACUUUUACAAGGGUCGUUCUCUGUAUGGGUUGAAAACAAAAAAGAUUUGUUGAAGGAACUUAGACUUAAGCCCAUGAGACGUCAAAUUUUUUUGUAUCAACAGGGAUUACUUUUGUGUAAAAAAGUUUCAAAAGAUAAUAAACCAAUGUAUCACUUCAAAAAAUAUUUAAGGAUGUGUAAUAUUGGACUGACAGAAACAGUUAAAGGAGAUUUAUGUAAAUUUGAGGUAUGGUUAGAAGGGCGUCAAGAAGUUUACACAAUUCAAGCAUCUAAUUUGCAACAAAAGCAACAAUGGGUGUCUGAAAUUAAAAGAGUAUUACUAGAACAAUUGGCUGAAUUGAAAGGAGAAAAAAUUAAACAGUAUAUAAAUACAUUUGGAAAGCAUGUUGAAACCGGAUCAAAUCGUGGAAGACGUCCAUUAAGUCAUCAUGAAACUACUGAUGAUGAUUCUUCUGAUUACAGUUUGACUGAUGAUGAGUCUCUUGAUGGGACAAUUAAACCAAAAGCUGAUAGUUAUAUAUCAUUAGCGGACUACAAUGCACUUCGGCCAACAGAUGCUACAUUAAAAAGAGGAGAUAAAGUUGAUCUCUUAAAAGCUGGUUCAAGUAGUUGGUGGUAUGUCAAAAUUCAAGGAUCCAAAACGGAAGGCUGGGUUCCAGCAGCUCAUUUAGAGGUCAGUGGUCGUAAGUCUUCACAUAGUUCUCAGUCUGUUUGCAGUCAUGGAUCAACAUCUACAGAAUGAAAUCUUUUGUUUGUCUUAAGUAUUUAUAUGGUUUAUAUAAUUGUGAUAUUAAUUAUUUAAUUUGUUUAUUAUUAUUAUUAAUAUUUAUUUAGUCUGAACAGGACAACCAUUAAUAACUCAUAUUAUUACAUAAUUAAGUAUAAUUUUAGUGAGCAUGUCAUAAAUAUGACAAAAUUAUUGCGAGCUUCCCCAGAGUUAGUACAGGGAAUACUUAAAAGCUUCGGGUAAACAACAAAAUUCAAUAGUCCUAUGUUAAUGUUUUUAAACUUAAGUCCGCGAACAAUAAUAUCUAUAAAAAUUACAAUUUUUUAAUUAUAAAUGUGUUUUGUAACACCAAUAUUUGUAAAUAUUACUGUUGCAUUUGUAAUGGUAAUACUAUUUAUCCAUCUUUUGAUAUUUUUGUAUAUUGGCACAUUACUAUGCACUAAUGUUAUUCAUUAGUUUAUUUAAAAUUUGAUAUAUCCAUAUAUAUAUAUAUAUAUAUAUAUAUAUAUAGCCUCUGGGCAUUAUCCUCCUGUUUUGGUUCCUCUAAUUCCUCGCGUGUCUUAUUAUAAAGUAUUUCGUUUAAAUGCAAUAUAUUUUAAGUUUCGUUGUUUAUUUACAUUUUUAAGAUCACAUUUUUUAAACAAAUGAUUCAGUUUGACUAUAUGUUAUUUUUCUUCUAUGUUAAUUUGCUGCUUGAAUCAAUUUGAAAUUAUUAUGAGUUUUUUUUUCUUUGGCAAAAAUUUAUAAUUUUUCAUACUUUUAUGAUGAAUUAGA